AUGCGUGCUGUUUCAGUUCUUCUGUUGGCUGUCGCCAGCUUGACCUCCGCUGGCGUCCUGCCGAGAGAGUCUGCCGCCGACUUUAAUGUCGUGGCCCGGGGUGGUGAUGAUGACGGAGGCAAUGGUGGUGGAUGGAAUAGCGGAGGCGGCGACGACAGCGGAUGGGGUGGCCCAGGUGGAAAUGGAGGUGAUGGAGGUGGAGAUGGUGGUUGGGGUGGUGAAACUACGCCCUGUGAGACUGAGACUCCCACCUCGACCCCGUGCGAGGAGACUACAACGACUACUCCCACCACCACUCCAUGCGAGGAGACUACAACGACUACUCCCACCACCACUCCAUGCGAGGAGACUACAACGACUACUCCCACCACCACUCCAUGCGAGGAGACUACAACGACUACUCCCACCACCACUCCAUGCGAGGAGACUACAACGACUACUCCCACCACCACUCCAUGCGAGGAGACUACUACGACUACUCCCACCACCACUCCAUGUGAAACUACUACUACGACCACUCCAAUGACCACUCCAUGCGAGACUACUACAACUACUCCCACCACCACUCCAUGCGAGACUACCACUCCCACCACCACUCCCACCACCACUCCAUGUGAGACUACCACUCCCACCACCACCCCAUGCGAGACUACCACUCCCACCACCACUCCAUGCGAGACUACUACGACUACUCCCACCACCACUCCAUGUGAGACUACUACUCCAACCACCACUCCAUGCGAGACUACUACGACUACUCCAACCACCACUCCAUGCGAGACUACUACGACUACUCCCACCACCACUCCAUACUACUACGACUACUCCCACCACCACCCCAUGCGAGUCUACUACAACGACGACUUCAAUGACGACUCCAUGCGAGACCACUACUACGACUACUCCCACAACCACCCCAUGCGAGUCUACUACAACGACGACUUCAAUGACGACUCCAUGUGA